UACGCGCGAACAUUCAAGUAGAGUCAAGAGACUCUACUUGAAUGAUGGACCAUUUGUCCUCUUUCAGCUUUAAUUUCAUUUAAGCUGAGGGAGGGCAGAUUGUCCACCACCUGGGAAUAUUAUAUUCCCCGCGGACCAAAAAACUGGAAAAUAAAAAUAAAAAGAUAAAAGUUACGGUGUAGGGUCUAAAUAACCCAGUACCGGCGGCAAGUGUUGAACUACUCGUGUGUCACGUGCCGUCGUCAUCCUGCAAUCGUGAGCAAAAUACUACUACUUUGGCCUCCGUGGCGGACAAUGCGUCAAGUGUACAGCAUGUCACUGGCAAAAAUAUAGGGGUGAAAGAGAAGGAUGUAUUCGGAGAGAGCUCUAAGCUACCUCAGCCUUAAAUACUGACUCUAAAUCCUUAGAUCAUAAUAAUAAUACCAUUAUAGCAAAUCCCAAAAAGGAUGAAGUAGAGCAAAUGGUGAAAGAGUUAAGUGAUAGCAUAGCUAAAUUACCUAUUACAAAGAAAAUACUUUCUGGAGCACAGAGGAGGAAGUUGAAAAAGAUGCUUCAGGAAAUCAUAGUCAAUCCCACGACACUCCAAAGGAAAAAUCGGACUCUUUCACAAGAUCUCAAAAAGGAUCAGGUCUCCCGAGGAGUUGACAACUGAUAAUAAAACUAAGAAGAAAAAGAGCUCCCGUCUUCUAAUACACAUCCAAUUUACUCAAAGAAACCUUAAUUGAGAAUCCUGCGAGUAAGGGUGACGACACAAAGCCUGACAUUCCGAAGGAAUUACGGAACACGUAAUUCCUAAGAAUCUUCCAAUCAGUUAUUUCCGGAAUAACAUUCUUAACAUCAAAAUAAGUUUUGCCGACUUUUGUUGACAUAAUAGAACAUUUAACAUAAUUAUGAGGGGGUACGUUUGUAUUGGGGCUAGACGAAAUACAUCGUCCUUGGGCCAAAAAAAGUGUGUGCCAAAUUUCAUCCAAUUAUCUUGAAAAUUGCGACCUGUACCUUGAGCACAAGGUUUACAUGAACAGCCAGACGGAGGGAUGGACUUAGCUUAAUCGAUUUAAAAACGAUUCUAAGCCCUCCCCACUAAAGUGGUUUAGGGUAGCUUUUUACUUUAGGUCAAAAGAUAAUGAAGAAAGAUAUAGCACAUUGAAAUGACACAAUAAAUCUUAUAAAAAGUAUAUCUUCGCUCUGCUCAAACAUCUCAAAAAUUACCAAAAACGGGGAUUUGUUAAAAAGUGUAAACUGUCUUUAAAUAUCUUACGUUAACACUUUCCAUAUCGGUUUCUAAGCAGAAAUUAUAUUACUACAUACGGUUUUUAUAACCAUAGUAACCAAAACUUUGUUUAUUGAAAUAAAUAUUGAAAAUUAUAAAAUAUUUUACCUAAAAUCGAGCAAAAAAAACUUUAGAAGAAAAGCAGAACAGUAAAAUAUUUAAAAUUCAAUACAAAAUAUGGCUAAUUUCGUAUAUCCCGAAGAAUUAACAUAUUUCAUUGAAAGUAUUCGACCAUUUCAAAUUAAAGAUGUUGGUUCAACAAAAUGGUUAGAUGUCCAUGAAAUGAUUAUUAAACUUAGCCAACAGGCAUUACUUGAGGCUGCCGAACAUCGCGAAGAGGAAGUUAAGGAAAUGUUAAUAGCUCGUGAUAAGCUAAAGGUGUUAAUACACGAAGCAUUUUGUAUAUUUUUGUGGAAAACAAAAGUUUUACCGCAUCUCUUAGAUAUCGAUCCAAAUCCUUCGGCUACGUUUUUGAUCUAUACGGUUUUAUAUCAUGAAGGAGCGGUAAUUUCACUCUUAGACAUGGCAUUAUAUCAUGAAAGUGGUUGUGAGGCAUUACAGGAUUCGGCUAUUGAUUUGAUCGACUAUUGUGCUCAAGCUGUAGCUCAGGUUAUUGGUUUAGCAAGCAUGGGAUAUCAUGAGAAUGAUACUAACAUCGAUGUCGAUGAGUCCAUACUUACAGAGUUAGAGCGACAAAAAAGGGAUUUAAUCUAUAAAAUUGGCUUACGAUCAAUUUCCAUACUUAAUUAUUUGGCAGACAAUGCAAAUUCUUUGCCCAUAAGUGCCUCUAGACGUUUAAUAGUUACCCAUGAUAUACCAUGGUUAAUGGCUGAUCUAUUAAAUUUUCGUCCCUGGCAGAAACGAACUAAAAAAGGUCUUGAAAAAUAUAUUGAUGAAAAAUGGACUUUAGUAAAAGGCGAAGCAGUGGCUAAGGUAGUUAAACACGAAGCUCAAGCUUGGUUUUGUUUGCGUCAAAUACUUUUUAAUAACAAUCUUAUGUCAUCAUAUGAGUUAAAUGACGAAAGACGCAAACAAUUGGCUAAAUGUCAAGGUCUUUUACAUGAAUCGCUAUUAGAUCAGUUGCCGCCCUUAAUAGAUCUCAAGCAAUUUCUAUGUCAACUUACAAUGUCGUCUAAAAGUUCGAAUGUUUCUAAAAAAUCGAAUUUAGUUUUAGAAGAACUUCCUGAAAUUAGAGAAAAUCUCAUAAAAGAAACUGAAGAAUCUGGCGGUUUUUUGGGUAUAGCCCAAUUGCAGGAAUCGAUAUUUCUUAACAAUGACAAAGAUCAAAUAUUAAAUACGGCACAACGUUUAAAUGCAGCCUAUAAUACGGAUUUGUUAGCAGAAUUGGAAGCCAAAGCAGAAGAAUUAGAAAAGGGAUUUCGAGAAGAAAAAGACCCAAAUAAAGCAACCGGUGAGAAGGGCCAUAAAUGUGCUAAUUGUUUGGGCGAAGCUGAAAAGAAAUGCUCUAAUUGUAAAAAUAUUUACUACUGUUCAAGAAAAUGUCAGCUUGAUGACUGGACACAACAUAAACAUAACUGCAUUAAAAUCUAAAAGAAUGAUCUCAGCAUUUUGGAUUCUAAAGCAUCUCUAUCUCCAUCAUAAAACUAUUAUUAUGCAUUCACAUUAUUCCUUUAACAAUUUAUAACACUUUUUCUUUUUUUUUAAUAUUUUAUCAAUUUUUAAUAAAAAAUGUUUUUGAUUCAACAUUAAAAAAA